CAUUUUGAGGUUUACGCAAUUUUGACGUUCCGUAGGCUGUGCCGAGUUUUUGACCUGCUCGUAAAAGUGCAUUAUUAUAGUCAAACUGACAAUUAAAUUCAUUUUUACUAGAGACGGUCAAAAUCAACAAAGCCAUGUCCUUUGCAUUUGCUGUUGCCGUUCGUCAGGCUAUUGCCGGCGGAUCCAUUGCAUUGCGCUGCAGUCGGCGGUCAAUGAGCUCAGCCCGACUAUUACGCACAGCAAGAUUGGCGUCCUCUGGGGCGCUAAGCCGGAAUUGGCAGCAGGGUAAAAAACUGGUGGCCACCACGGGAAAUUUGCAGCAAUAUGUGCGCGAGUAUGCGGCCGAAAAGAAGGUAUUCGAACGUACCAAACCUCAUUGUAAUGUUGGCACCAUCGGUCAUGUUGAUCAUGGAAAGACCACGCUAACUGCUGCCAUUACCAAGGUGUUGGCAGACAAACAAUUGGCUGAGAGCAAAAAGUAUAAUGAGAUUGAUAAUGCGCCCGAGGAAAAGGCGCGCGGUAUUACCAUUAAUGUGGCUCACGUUGAAUACCAAACAGAGACGCGUCAUUAUGGACACACGGACUGUCCCGGACAUGCGGAUUAUAUCAAGAAUAUGAUCACGGGCACUGCUCAAAUGGAUGGCGCUAUACUCGUUGUUGCUGCUACUGACGGUGCUAUGCCUCAGACACGUGAGCACGUGCUCCUGGCAAAACAAAUUGGUAUCGAUCACAUUGUGGUAUUCAUCAACAAGGUUGAUGCGGCCGAUCAGGAAAUGGUGGAUCUCGUUGAAAUGGAAAUACGUGAGCUUCUGACUGAAAUGGGCUACGAUGGGGAGAAGGUACCAGUGGUGAAGGGUUCAGCUCUGUGCGCAUUGGAAGACAAGAAUCCCGAAAUUGGCGCAGAGGCUAUACUGAAGCUGCUUAAGGAGGUCGAUAGCUUUAUUCCGACACCGGUGCGUGAGCUGGACAAACCAUUCCUCUUGCCAGUAGAAAAUGUGUACUCCAUACCCGGUCGUGGUACUGUCGUAACAGGUCGCCUGGAGCGUGGUGUUGUUAAAAAGGGAAUGGAAUGCGAGUUUGUUGGCUAUAACAAGGUCCUUAAGUCGACAGUCACUGGCGUCGAGAUGUUCCAUCAAAUAUUAGAGGAGGCGCAGGCUGGCGAUCAGUUGGGUGCUUUGGUACGUGGCGUAAAGCGCGACGAUAUCAAACGUGGUAUGGUUAUGUGCAAGCCGGGCAGUGUAAAGGCGCUGGAUCAGCUGGAGGCCCAGGUUUACAUCCUGUCCAAGGAUGAAGGCGGCCGCACCAAACCCUUCAUGUCAUUCAUUCAGCUACAGAUGUUCUCUCGCACCUGGGAUUGUGCGGUGCAAGUGCAAAUUCCAGACAAAGAGAUGGUUAUGCCCGGUGAGGAUACCAAACUUAUCUUGAGACUCAUCCGACCCAUGGUCAUGGAGGUUGGCCAGCGGUUUACACUCCGUGAUGGAAACUUGACGUUGGGCACCGGAGUGGUCACAAAAUCAUUGGCUGCACUGACUGAGGCGCAGCGCUCCGAGUUGACAGAAGGCAAGAAAGCGCGCGAGAAGAAAGUGGCCGCCAAAAAGUGAAUAACAUUUUGGGUUCAGCAAUAACAACAGAAUGAGUCAGUCGUAAAUAAACAAAUACAUAUAUUUAAGCACU